AUGCUAAAGAUUGUACAUGAAUCUCAUCAAGGACUGGAAAGAUGCAAAGAGCGAGCAAGAGCAGUCAUGUAUUGGCCAGGAAUGACAAAAGACAUCGACCGAGUGGUUAGUCAGUGCAGGACUUGUCUGCGUUUCCGGAGGAGCAAUACUAAGGAGCCUCUUCUGCCGCAUGCACUACCAACAAGACCAUGGGAAAAGCUAGGAGUGGAUAUCAUGACUUUGAACGCAAAAGAUUAUCUGACAGUAGGGGACUAUUAUUCCAAGUACAUAGACGUUCAGCAACUGAGAGACAAGACAUCAUCGUCGGUCAUUAACGCCAUGAAGUACACGUUCGCUACUCACGGUAUUCCAGAAGAAAUAAUAUCUGAUAACAUGCCGUUUGCAAGCAGAGAAAUGCAAGCAUUUGCCAAUGAAUGA